AUGACCGUUACUAUUGUUACUGGAGCCUCGACUGGUAUUGGUAAGUCAAUUGCCAAUUAUAUUUUAUCUAGUUCUUCGACCUCAAAAGUGUUUUUGACCGCAAGAACUGAAAAACCAUUGGCAGAUUUUGUCCAAGAGUUUGGAUCCGCCAGGGUUGGGUAUUUUGUUGGUGAUAUUUCUGAAAAACAAACCCCACUGGCUAUUGUAUCCAAGACCAUUGAGAAAUUCGGUGCCAUUGAUGCGAUUGUUGCCAAUGCCGGGAUGUUGGAACCAGUGGAAUCAGUUCAACAGGUCAAAAUUGAUAACUGGAAGAAAUUGUUCGAUGUUAAUUAUUUCUCAGUGGUUGAUUUAGUCUCUCAGGCUCUUCCAUAUUUGAAGCAAACCAAUGGUAGUAUUAUCUUGGUUUCCUCGGGUGCUUCUACAAAAUCAUACUACGGUUGGACUGCGUAUGGUGGUUCUAAAGCUGCCAUUAACCAUUUUGCCAUUUGUGUUGCUAGUGAAGUUCCAGAAGUCCGUAUUGUAUCUGUUGCUCCAGGUGUGGUUGAUACAAGUAUGCAGACUUCAAUCAGAGAAGUUUACGGCAAAAAUAUGACGCCACAAUCUUUGCAAAGAUUCAUUGAUUUGAAGGCCAAUAAUCAGUUGUUGGAUCCCCACUUUGUUGGAAAAAUUUAUGGAAAUUUAGCUCUCAAAGGUGUCUCCGAAGAGUUAAAUGGGAAAUAUGUCAGAUACAAUGACAAGUUAUUGAAAAGCUAUACUGAAUAA